AUGGCAGCCACGAAAUUGUCACCUUCACUGAGCUCGCGCGUUCUGACAGCGUCUGUGCCUCACAUCCCAGCUCACGGCUUCAGCGUCCGCGCGGCGCAAGCUGCCGCUGCUGCUUCAGUAACUACGAGAGGCGGAAAAACUGCAAGUGGCUCGAAAACCGACAUCAUAACGCCACAAGAGGGGAGGCUGCUCCAAGACUCACCCCAGCUCAUCCUCAGCCUCGCUUCGGGGACCGCUUCACAUGACGGAGAGACAUCAUUCGCGAAGUGUCUCUUUCACCGCUGGGACGAGCUUUCGCUUGAAUCUACAGUAGAGAGAUCGCAGACGAUUAUGCGCACCAGCAAGGGGAAAGAGCGAGAAAUGGACAGAAGUGCUGCAUCGUACGGAGAUCUGGUCAGUGCUCUGGAGCAAAGACUACUCAUCAGUGCGGAGGCGAAAAUUCAUCUGCUUGCGGCCCUUUCCGCCGAGUCUUCUUUGUCAAUAGGUCAGCUCUCGCAAUUCCUGCCUCCCAAUCUCGCGGGCAUUUCUUCUUUGCUUCCAUCGGGUAUGCCUACACCUGCGCCGCUCGCCCACCGAUCAUGGAGACUAGCAGACGAGCUAGGACAUAGGCUGGGAUGGAAAGACUCGUCAUUUGGACCGGCAUGGUAUGCCCACCGUGGGAGGCUCUCGCUAGCAUAUCUACUCGCAGAAAUCCACCUGGCUUCACCUAUAUCUGAGCCCAAUGCAUCCCCAUCAUUCUACGAAGCCGAGCAUACGGACACCAAAACUAUUGAUGAAGCCGCAUACCAAACACUAGACCCGCCGCAUCCCGAGCAAGUCCAGCGCGCCGCUGCACCGUCCAUUCAGCUGCUGCGCCGGAUAGCGUGGGGCAAGGAUACCUCAUUCGUUGCGGAUAUACAGCGGGCACUGCACGUCGCUGGUAACAUCUCGCAGUGGGCGGGCAGAGGCUGGCUGGGCGUCUUCCGCAGUCGCGGCUUAUGA